UGUAUAGAAAGAUAUAUUAGUGCAGUGAGUGUAGUGAGUGUUUGAUUAAAAAAGUGUAAUAAAAAAAAAAAUGGCUCGUACAAAACAAACAGCCCGUAAAUCGACUGGUGGUAAAGCCCCACGUAAACAAUUGGCAACCAAAGCAGCUCGUAAAAGUGCUCCUGCAACUGGUGGUGUUAAGAAACCUCAUCGUUAUCGUCCCGGUACAGUGGCAUUACGUGAAAUUCGUCGUUACCAAAAAAGUACAGAACUAUUAAUCCGCAAAUUACCAUUUCAACGUUUAGUACGAGAAAUUGCUCAAGAUUUCAAAACAGAUUUACGUUUCCAAAGUUCUGCUGUGCUUGCGUGA